GGAACGGUGGAACGGAAGGAGGAGGUGGCGGUCCGAUGUGUGACCUUGCAGUGUUUGUAAACAGACACACGUUGCCGUCGCGAACUGUUACGGACGAUCGCCAUCGCGAGAGCGAACCACCCCGUGUUAUUGUUUCUGAGCUGCGGUGUUCGAGGCGUGUUCACGAGUAUGGAAAUGGAGCCAAUGUGCAUCGUGGAGAACGAGACGGAGGGAUCUCGCGGUGAUCGGAAAGAGGGGGGCAAGAGGGGACGCAAGCCUGGAAGGAAGGCGGCGGACAAGGCGGACAUGAAAGCUAAGCUUGAACGAAGCCGGCAGAGUGCGAGGGAGUGCCGUGCUCGCAAGAAGUUGAGAUAUCAGUACCUGGAAGAGCUCGUAGCCGAUCGGGAGAAGGCGGUGCUCGCUCUGCGAAAGGAGCUCGAAAUGUAUCGUCAGUGGACACUAGAAUUGGAUGCCGGACAAGUCCCCGAAGGACUGCAGACGAUGCUGGAGGAACUCGGCUCGUUGAAACAGGAACAGUCCAGCAACAACUAAGCGGGCAAGGAGGCGAGGAAUAAGGAAGUCACGCGGAUCGAGCCGUUCCAUUUAUCUCGUUUCUCUGAUCGAACCUCUUUCCUCCCUCUCUCCCCUCGUAGUCGAGUUUAUUUUCCGUCUUUUCUCCUUUUCUCUUUUGCAGUUUUUCAGGACGAUAGGAAACAAUUUGGCUGCUGAAUUUGAAUUUCCUUUCCUAUCUCAUCGUUAUUUUUUUUAAAGAAAGAAAAAUUAUCUGAUUUGCUUUUUGUUGACGAUACAUUUUCUAUCCGCGUGAAAGCGAGAUUUCCUUUCCUUUCCUCCAUCUCCUUCUGACUCUUUCACGAAAGGCGGAAUCGUCGUCUGAUUACCUCGUUACCUCACACGUUACAUAUUUUUUUUUGUAUGUAUGUAUUUGUUAUCGCGACUCGUUAAGUUGAUCCAUAUUUUUUUACUCACGUUGGUUAAGGACAGUGAUUGAUCGGUCGGUCGGUCUGUCUACGGCCUCACGCUUGUAAUGUACCUCCCUCGCACGAUUGUUGCGGUGUAAGAAAGUAAUUAUAGAUAUAUCACUGUUACGCAUCAAAGGGAAAAACGAUCGUUGUGUAUCAUAGAAAGUCUAUAUUCAGUAUUGUCUGUUCAAAGUACGUCAUAGCGAGAGGUUCUCGUUGACUGUUUGCCGAUUCGUUUGAAUUAUAUACCGAUAUAUGGUAUUCGUUUACCGUAUGAAAAUCAUCAUUUUGUACAAAUUAGCGCCAUUACAAAAGUUGAAUCGUAUAUGUGUACGAAAGAGUCUAUUAGUCGAAUAAAACCGAUAUUUUUCGAUGAAAAAUUAUUAA